AUGGAAGAAAAUGCUCAAGUUGCUGUGGAAGUGAUAGAUGAAGUGAUUGAGAAAACGAUCGAGAAUGCCAUUGAGAAGGGUAUACUGAAGGAGAAAGCUACUGUUAGGCAUGUAGCAUCUGAUACAAGACAACUGCAUAAAGAAUGCCUUAAACAACAACUUAUGCUUGCUGUACAUAGUUGUAUUGCGAGUGAACGAAACAGUAAAGAUAUUUUGGAGAAGAAGGUAUCAAUUGAGCAAAUGAAUGUGGUAUUUCCAACCAGAAAUGCCAUUGAGGAAAUUGGCAUACGCUUCUUGGACAAACUGAUCAAACGUGGUCAGAUCGAAGCAGCUAAAAGUCUCCUGAAAUUACAAACCGAGGCGAAUCUCUCAGAGCACGGAAAACUGAAAGAGAAGCAAAUUGAACAAAUGGCCACACGGGCAGUAUUAGAAGAAGGUAAAAUCAACGAAAUGGAGAAUAAAAAAACAGGGAACCGUUUACUGGAUAUGUUACAACAAAAUGGUAUACCGAUUGCAACAAGUAUUCAAGCUGUAAAACAAUUCAAUAACGCGAAAAACAUGCUCGAUGAUUCAAGCAUGUCUCAACAGAUAGGAAAAGCCGUUUUCGAGAAAGUUCGAGGCGAAAUAUUGCCAAGCAUUGUUGCAAACAUCAUCACUGGAAAGAACCCUCUUCGCUUGACAUCGGCAUCGAAUUUCAGUCGAUCAGAAGAAAGAAUGGCAACGUCAUCACCUCGCCAAAAACCAUUUGACAUUCGUCGACAUCCCAGAAAUGAAUUCAAAACGGUAUACAAAAAGGAUACAUUCAAAAGAAAUGCUUUCAUGAGAACAAUACUUGAAUAUCUCAUCUUUAGAGGGUGCAAUUUUGAUAGCGAUAAAGGAAUAGCGCGAGAAUAA